GCCUGUCCUGGAACUCGCUCUGUAGACCAGGCUGGCCUUGAACUCAGGGAGAUCCUCCUGCCUCUGCCUCCCUAGUGCUGGGAUUAAAGGUGUGUGCCACCAUAACCCAGCAAGAGCACUUGUUUUUGUAGUUGACCAUGGUUUGAUUCCUAGCACUCAAAUGGCUCACAACUGUUUCUAACUCCAGUUCCAGGGAACCAGAGGGCCCCUCUUCUGACCUCUGUGAGAACCAGGCUGCCGAGUGGUACAUAGACAUAACAUAUGCAGGCAAAAUAUCCAUAAAAUACAAAUUAAUUUUAAAAAAUAAAACAAACAAACCAAAAACCUCUAUGAUGUCUCCAUAAUGGCUCCGUUGAUAACGUGUUUGCCAUACAAUCAUGGGGACCAGGAAGCCAGGUGUGGUGGUGCACAUCUUUAAUCCAGGCACUUGGGAAGCAGAGGCAGGCAGAUUUCUGUGAGUUCAAGGCCAGGCUAGUCUACAUAGUGAGUUCCAGGACAGCCAGGGCUACAUAGUAAGACACUGUCUCAAAACAACAACAACAACAGCCAGGCAUGGCACACACUGGAAAUCACAGCUCUGGGAAGGCAGAGGUAGGUAGAUCCCUGUUUCUCACUAGACUGGCAUCCUAUAUGACUGAGGCAAGCUCCAGGGUGAUGAGAGACCCUCUCUCAAAAGCAAACAAGGUGGGCAGCAUUUGAGGAGUGGCACUGGGGUUGUUCUUUGGUCUCCACAUGUGUGCACAUGUUUACAUGCACCUGCACACAUACAAACAUAACUACACACAAAAACAAGCAACACACAAAAAAGCCUAAAACCUGAGAUGUUGAGUAGGGGAAAAAAAAAAUCCACACAUAGGACUGGAGAGACAGCUCAGCGGUUAUGCUCUUCCCAAGGACCUGGGUUUGAUUCCAGCACCCACAUGGUGAUUGACAGCCAUCUGUAACUACAGUUCUGGGGGAACUGAAGCCCUCUUCCGGCCUCCAUGGGCACUGGGCACACAUGUGGUACACUGGCAUAUGGGCAGGCAAAAUGCUCUUACACAGAAGAUAAAAUGAUAAAAAGCAGCAGCAACCAGACACAGAAGUCUGUGCAGUGUGAUUUCCUUCAACGAUGCAUCCACAACAGGCAGGUCCCUAGCAACAGAAAGAUUCAUAGUUGUCAGGAAUGAGGAAGGGAAAAUAAAACUGUUGGGGGGUUCAGUCGGAUCCCGGCAGCAGCUUCAGUGGCUCAGUUCUUCUGGAGCUCUCCCUGUCUCCCUUUCACUUCCUGGAAACAUGGCCUCUGGUGUGGCUGUCUCCGAUGGUGUCGUCAAGGUGUUCAAUGAUAUGAAAGUGCACAAGUCUUCAACGCCAGAAGAAGUGAAGAAACGCAAGAAGGCAGUGCUCUUCUGCCUGAGUGAGGACAAGAGCAUCAUCCUGGAGGAGGGCAAGGAGAUCCUGGUAGGAGAUGUGAGGCAGACUGUGGACGACCCCUACACCACUUUUGUCAAGAUGCUGCCAGACAAGGACUGCCAUUAUGCUCUCUACGAUUCAACCUACCAGACCAAGGAGAGCAAGGAGGACCUGGUGUUCAUCUUCUGGGCCUCUGAGAGUGCAGAGAACAAAAUGAUCUAUGUCAGCUCCAAGGAUGCCAUCAAGAAGCUGACAGGAAUCAAGUAUGAAUCACAAGCCGACUGCUACAAGGCGGUCAAGGACGCUGCACCCUGGCAGAAAAACUAGGUGGCAGCGCUGUGAUCUCUCUGGAGGGCAAGCCUUUGUGAGCCGCCUCCAGCCCCCUGCCUGGAGAGUCUAGCAGCCCCAGACCUGCUCUUGGGUGUUGCAGGCUGCCCCUUUCCUGCCAGACUGGAGGGGCUGGGGGGAUCCCAGCAGGGGGAGGGUAAUCCCUUCACCCCAGUUGCCAAAUGUCCCCCCACCCCCACCCACUGGACCAUCCUGCUGCCGCCACCUGACAGUUCUAGCCUUUCCAAACUGCUUUUAUCUUCUGAUUCCUCUUGGGUUGAAGCGGACCAAGUCCCUUCCCAGGCACCCAGUUUGGGGGGAGCCUGCUUUUUUUUUAACGACGCCCCUACUCCUCAUGUUCCCCCAUCCCAUCUCAUGCUGUCAACUUCUAACCACAAUAUUAACUCUAUGCUUGUCUGUUUAGUUCUGUGUGUAAAUGAAAUGUGGAAAUGACCCUCCCUGCACCAGCUUUCCCUUGUUCUCGGCCGCUCAUGGAAGCAGGACCAGUAAGGGAGCUUCAAUUGAAAAAAAUAAAUAAAUAAAUAAAAAGGCUAAUUAACAACAACAACAACAACAAAAGACUGUUGAUGGUGUUAAUGGUACUCACUCUUUGUUGGAGGUUGUGAUAGAAUUGUUCUGGAAUUGGUGGAUGGUAAUGGUUACACAGCUCUGUAAAUUUACUAGAAGUUGCUGAAUUGCACAUACUCACAAGGUAUUUGACUUGGCAGUUGUGAAUGGGGUGAACUGGGGUGGGGCAACUCUUCAAUGCAGUUCCCUCUCUGUCCACUAGAGGGCCAAGAACACCAGCGCUUGGCUCCACUGUUGUCCACGAUGUGGAACUAGGCUUCCUUGGAGAAUGAAGGUAGGUAAGGUAGUGAAUGCCAAUCACCCCAGCACUCAAGAGGCAGAGACAGGAGGAUUAAAAGUUCAGGCCACACAGUAAGCCACUAUCUUAAGAACAAAGGAACCAAGGAGAGGAGAAAGGGACCAAGGGAACAGAGGAAAGGAGGGGAAAAUCAGAGGGAGAGGGAAACAAAAGGUAGAUUACAGGUCUGGGCAGUUGGGAGAAGAGUAUGAGAAUCUGGUCCCUGGGUGAGAUGAGACCCACACAAGUCCCCUGCUGGGCACAUGCUGCAGGGACACAGGACUCAGCAGAAUUUGCUCCCGGGAAAGCCAGACCUACUUGAGCGGAAACAGCAAUGGCUGUCAGAUAAUAAGCCCAAGUCUCAGA